AUGUCUGACUUUUCCUUUCACCCUGAAACCACAUCCAGACCAAACCGGAACCACUUUGAGAGUGAGCAGGAACGGAGACCACGCGGAGCCCGCCCCCUCUCCUUCCCCGAGACCACGCGGAGCCCGCCCCCUCUCCUUCCCCGAGACCACGCGGAGGUCCGACCCCUCCCCUUCAGAGACCACGGGGAGGUCCGCCCCCUCCCUUCAGAGACCACGCGGAGGCCCGCCCCCUCCCUUUCAGAGACCACGCGGAGGCCCGCCCCCCUCCUUCCCCGAGACCACGCGGAGGCCCGCCCCCCUCCUUCCCCGAGACCACGCGGAGGCCCGCCCCCUCUCCUUCCCCGAGACCACGCGGAGGCCCGCCCCCCUCCUUCCCCGAGACCACGCGGAGGCCCGCCCCCUCUCCUUCCCCGAGACCACGCGGAGGUCCGCCCCCUCUCCUUCCCCGAGACCACGCGGAGGCCCGCCCCCCUCCUUCCCCGAGACCACGCGGAGGCCCGCCCCCCCUCCUUCCCCGAGACCACGCGGAGGUCCGCCCCCUCUCCUUCCCCGAGACCACGCGGAGGUCCGCCCCCUCUCCUUCCCCGAGACCACGCGGAGGUCCGCCCCCUCUCCUUCCCCGAGACCACGCGGAGGUCCGCCCCCCUCCUUCCCCGAGACCACGCGGAGGUCCGCCCCCUCUCCUUCCCCGAGACCACGCGGAGAGACCACGCGGAGGCCCGCCCCCUCCCCUUCAGAGACCACGCGGAGGUCCGCCCCCUCCCCUUCAGAGACCACGCGGAGGUCCGCCCCCUCCCUUCAGAGACCACGCGGAGGCCCGCCCCCUCCCCUUCAGAGACCACGCGGAGGUCCGCCCCCUCCCCUUCAGAGACCACGCGGAGGUCCGCCCCCUCCCCUUCAGAGACCACGCGGAGGUCCGCCCCCGUCAGAGACCACGCGGAGGCCCGCCCCCUCCCCUUCAGAGACCACGCGGAGGUCCGCCCCCUCCCCUUCAGAGACCACGCGGAGGCCCGCCCCCUCCCCUUCAGAGACCACGCGGAGGUCCGCCCCCUCCCCUUCAGAGACCACGCGGAGGUCCGCCCCCGUCAGAGACCACGCGGAGGCCCGCCCCCUCCCCUUCAGAGACCACGCGGAGGUCCGCCCCCUCCCCUUCAGAGACCACGCGGAGGUCCGCCCCCUCCCCUUCAGAGACCACGCGGAGGUCCGCCCCCUCCCUUCAGAGACCACGCGGAGGCCCGCCCCCUCCCCUUCAGAGACCACGCGGAGGCCCGCCCCCUCCCCUUCAGAGACCACGCGGAGGCCCGCCCCCUCCCCUUCAGAGACCACGCGGAGGCCCGCCCCCUCCCCUUUAGAGACCACGCGGAGGCCCGCCCCCUCCCUUCAGAGACCACGCGGAGGCCCGCCCCCUCCCCUUCAGAGACCACGCGGAGGUCCGCCCCCUCCCUUCAGAGACCACGCGGAGGCCCGCCCCCUCCCCUUCAGAGACCACGCGGAGGUCCGCCCCCUCCCCUUCAGAGACCACGCGGAGGUCCGCCCCCCCUCCUUCCCCGAGACCACGCGGAGGCCCGCCCCCUCUCCUUCCCCGAGACCACGCGGAGGCCCGCCCCCCUCCUUCCCCGAGACCACGCGGAGGCCCGCCCCCCCUCCUUCCCCGAGACCACGCGGAGGUCCGCCCCCUCUCCUUCCCCGAGACCACGCGGAGGUCCGCCCCCUCUCCUUCCCCGAGACCACGCGGAGGUCCGCCCCCUCUCCUUCCCCGAGACCACGCGGAGGUCCGCCCCCCCUCCUUCCCCGAGACCACGCGGAGGUCCGCCCCCUCUCCUUCCCCGAGACCACGCGGAGGUCCGCCCCCUCUCCUUCCCCGAGACCACGCGGAGGUCCGCCCCCUCCCCUUUAGAGACCACGCGGAGGCCCGCCCCCUCCCUUCAGAGACCACGCGGAGGCCCGCCCCCUCCCCUUCAGAGACCACGCGGAGGUCCGCCCCCUCCCUUCAGAGACCACGCGGAGGCCCGCCCCCUCCCCUUCAGAGACCACGCGGAGGUCCGCCCCCUCCCCUUCAGAGACCACGCGGAGGUCCGCCCACUCCCCUUCAGAGACCACGCGGAGGUCCGCCCCAGUCAGAGACCACGCGGAGGUCCGCCCCAGUCAGAGACCACGCGGAGGCCCGCCCCCUCCCUUCAGAGACCACGCGGAGGUUCACCCCCUCCCUUCAGAGACCACGCGGAGGUCCGCCCCCUCCCUUCAGAGACCACGCGGAGGCCCGCCCCCUCCCUUCAGAGACCACGCGGAGGCCCGCCCCCCUCCUUCCCCGAGACCACGCGGAGGCCCGCCCCCUCCCUUCAGAGACCACGCGGAGGUUCACCCCCUCCCUUCAGAGACCACGCGGAGGUCCGCCCCCUCCCUUCAGAGACCACGCGGAGGUCCGCCCCCUCCCUUCAGAGACCACGCGGAGGCCCGCCCCCUCCCUUCAGAGACCACGCGGAGGCCCCCCUCCUUCCCCGAGACCACGGGGAGGUCCGCGCCCUCUGCUUUCACGGAGGCUACGCGGAGCUGACAGGCACAGUACAUAGGGAUGACCGAGGCCGUGAACGGGGCCACGCCUGA